CACACUGGCCUCAGGAGGAGGAGAGUCCACGGGCCGGGCCAGGGCCGAGGAUGCGGCUGAAGCUGGGCUUCCUCCUGCGCGCUGUGCUGCUGAUCGGCUCCUUCCUGGGGCUGCUGCUGCUCUGGUCGUCGCUCUCGCCUCGUGCCGAGGAGCCCAGCCCUCUGGGCAGGGUCAGGGAUGACAAAGAUUCCAGUAAUCUCUUGCCAAACAAUGGAGACCGAGGGCUGGGUCCCGGAAUCGACAAGUUCAAGCCUGUGUUGCCGUGGCCUCACGUCGAAGGGGUGGAAGUAGACUUGGAAUCAAUCAGGCGAAGGAAUAAGGCCAAAAAUGAAGGAAAUCCUCAUGCUGGUGGCAAUAACGAUCAGCAAAACAUCAUGCAACGACAGUAUCUCACAUUCAAGCCACAGACAUUUGUCUACCAUGAUCCCAUAUUGCGAUCUGGAAUUCUUGGUAACUUUGAACCCAAAGAACCUGAGCCCCAUGGAGUUGUAGGUGGCCCUGGAGAGGAAGCCAAGCCAUAUGUUUUAGGACCAGAGUAUAAAGAAUCGGUUCAAGCCAGUAUUAAAGAGUUUGGCUUUAACAUGGUAGCAAGUGACAUGAUCUCGCUCGAUCGAACUGUUAAUGACUUGCGUGAUGAAGAGUGCAAGUUCUGGCAUUAUGAUGAAAACCUACUCACCUCCAGUGUUAUCAUUGUCUUCCAUAACGAGGGAUGGUCCACACUCAUGAGGACAGUUCACAGUGUCAUUAAAAGAACACCAAGGAAGUAUUUAGCUGAAAUUGUUCUGAUUGAUGAUUUCAGCAAUAAAGCACACUUAAAAGAGAGACUAGAGGAUUAUAUUAAGCAGUGGAAUGGCCUUGUUAAGAUUUUUCGAAAUGAACGGAGAGAAGGUUUAAUUCAAGCUAGAAGCAUUGGAGCCCAGAAGGCUAAACUUGGACAGGUUUUGAUUUACCUUGAUGCCCACUGUGAGGUGGCAGUAAACUGGUAUGCACCACUAAUAGCUCCUAUAUCUAGAGACAGAACCACAUGCACUGUGCCGCUUAUAGAUGUCAUAGAUGGCAACACUUAUCAGAUUGUACCCCAAGGGGGUGGUGACGAAGAUGGGUUUGCUAGAGGAGCAUGGGAUUGGAGUAUGCUCUGGAAGAGGGUGCCCUUGACCAAACGUGAGAAGGCAUUGAGAAAGACAAAAUCUGAGCCGUAUCGAUCCCCUGCAAUGGCUGGUGGAUUAUUUGCCAUUGAACGUGAUUAUUUUUUUGAACUAGGUCUCUACGACCCAGGUCUACAAAUCUGGGGUGGUGAAAACUUUGAAAUAUCAUACAAGAUUUGGCAGUGUGGAGGGAAGCUGCUGUUUGUUCCUUGUUCUCGUGUUGGACACAUUUAUCGUCUCCAGGGAUGGCAAGGGAAUCCACCUCCAGCGUAUGUUGGAUCAUCGCCCACUCUAAAAAACUAUGUCAGAGUUGUAGAGGUCUGGUGGGAUGAAUACAAAGAUUACUUCUAUGCUAGUCGUCCUGAGACGAAAGCACUAGCUUUUGGCGAUAUAUCUGAACUGAAGAAAUUUCGUGAAGAUCAUCAGUGCAAAGGUUUUAAAUGGUUCAUGGAAGAAAUAGCUUAUGAUAUCACAUCACACUAUCCUUUACCACCAAAAAAUGUGGAGUGGGGUGAGAUUAGAGGCUAUGAAACUGGUUACUGCAUAGAUAGCAUGGGGCACACCAAUGGAGGCUUUGUAGAGCUUGGACCAUGCCAUAGAAUGGGAGGAAAUCAACUGUUCAGAAUCAAUGAAGCAAAUCAGCUUAUGCAGUAUGAUCAGUGCUUGACAAAAGGACCAGAUGGAUCAAAAGUCAUGAUUACACACUGCAAUCUUAACGAAUACAAGGAGUGGCAGUACUUCAAGAAUCUACAUAGAUUUACCCAUAUUCCUUCAGGGAAAUGUUUGGACCGUUCAGAGGUUCUGCAUCAAGUGUUCAUCUCAGACUGUGACUCUAGCAAACCAACACAAAAAUGGGAAAUGAACAAUAUCCUUAGCGUGUAGACUGAACAGCCCGGAACCUACCUACUGACAAAUUUAAUUCAUAUAGGACUGAAGAUAGCCUGAAAACUGCUGCAAUGAUUAACUUAGUACAGCUGAGAGCCCAGAACCUCUUGAUCUGGAUGAAGGACAGAGAUGAACUUCAAUAGAUUUAUCAUCUGCAGUUAAUGUUUACAAAACUGCUCUUACCUUAAACUUUAUAGAUGUUUACAUCUUUAUUUGUGUGUGUUUUGUUUAAAAGAUGUUUUAAACAGGCGAUAAUUUAAUGUGCUUUUGACUGUGUUUCCAUAUUUACUGGAACAAAGUUAAAAGCAAAUGCUUAGAUCUGAGGAAAAAAAACGUAGUUGCUUCUGCUUGUUCAAGGGGAAUUUUCUUCUACCCCUCCUGGCAACGUCUCCUUGGGUCUCCCCAAAGGCCCCUCAGGGGUCCAAGGGGCUAUGCCCACAGGAGAGCUAGCAACAUAUGCACCUUUCCUGUGCAUGCAGGUGUGCCUUAUGCUCAUGCACAGGUGAAGGGUUCAGAUCCAAGCAAUUCUUGUCUUCUUUGGGAUUACACUCAGGGGUCUGCAGGCAGUUUUUUGUUUGUUUGUUAACACACUCACACUUGAAAAAGGUUGGAGUAACCAGAUUUUGCUAUAACGUGGUGAUUAUCAACCUGUUGUACGUUGUUUUGAUUUUACAUAUUAUAAGCACUGCCACAGGUUUUUAGCCAGGGUGGCCUUCUUUCACAGUCAUGCUGCUUUUUUGAAAGGUGAAUUUUCAACAUGUUUAGUGCCUCUUUAAUUUUAAUUCUGUCUUUUCCACAAGAAAGCUUUUUGUUUGUUUUCUCGUAUUGGGCAUGCUGAGGUAUCUCCUUUUUGAACUUAGAUGAGUUGGUAUUGCCCACAUUACACUUAAAGAAAAAAAUAUUGCCAUGUUCUCUAGAGUUCUGCAUAUUCUUUCCUGAUAAAAUAACCUGCUGAGGCACAAGUCUUAUUAGCUUGCCACAGAUUAUCUAUCCAUGCUUUGACUGAUCACACGGGGUGGAAGACCGGGCAUGUGUCUGGGCUUCAUUUCUGUAGAGCUCAAAUGUGUGAAGAAAGUGUCUGUGUGCAUAUUCCCUCCCUGUGAUCAGCAUCAUCUGUAUAGGGCUACUAUGAAUGCCGCAGGAGGAACCCAAGACAGGGAUCCUGUUACUCCAACAGGAUCUUUAAAGAAGGUUGGAUCUUGGGUAGCACUUAAAUCCAUGAACCACUUGUGUGAAAUCGCAUCAAAGCAGCUCAUAUCUUUCGUAUUGCAAUAUCAAGCUGAAACUUAGCACUAUCUUAUGCAUUCAGUGGAAGUAAGCACUCCAAAUUACAGCUAAAACACAGGACUAACUUUCCUGCUGUAUCAAAGCCUUACAAAUCUUCUGUAUUUGUCAGAAUUGAAAUAUAUCAGCAUCUUCAUAACACAGAAGAAUCAAAUUGAUCUCAUCCUUCACUUUUCUUGUGACAAAGGGAAGUUGGCUGGAGAACUGAAACAUUUUCUUUCGCAAUUAUUUUGCUAGCAGGCAGCGUGCAAAGUGGAUGCAUCAAGUUAGAGGAUCAUACAUAUGCUAGAAAUGGGCAGGGGGUGGGGCCAGACUGAUUAUUUUGUACAAAAGCAUCCUUGUCGGACUCAUUCUCCCUCAUGUCUUUGAAAGAAAUUAUAAGUAUUUUUGACACUGAGAUUUAUGUUGACACUUUUCAGGUGUUGUGAUUCCAAAUUCCAUAAUUGUGCCAUAGCGUGGAAAGAAAAGAGAACUGUCUUAAGACGUUCAGACUAGGGAAUGGUUUCCUAAAUGUUUGUGCAAAAGGUUUUUGCUUUUAGGGUAAUCUUAAAUUUUUAUUUUUUACAAUCUUAAAUUUUUAUUUUUAACAAUGUGAAAAGCUAAGCCUACUUUAAGACUUUAUCGGAAGGGUGAUUUGCUGGACACAAUCCCAGACAGAUUUCCAUCUAAGCAUGCUGCAUUGGACCAUGGGUCCUGUAAGCAGUUUUACACAAACCAUUCCACUGAUUUCAGCUGGAUAUCUGUGCAUGUGACUUUGCAUAUUUUAGAUGGAAACUAAAUUCCUAUUUGACUGGUAUCACAAGUAGACGCGUUGGCUUCAAUAGCAUAAUUCUGUGAAUGAAGGUUAAAGAACUCAAAAAGAGGUAAUGGAAAUGCUUCCAUUAUAAGGUCUCUCCCCCCCCCCCCCCCCUUAGGUUCAGUUCCAAGUAGCAAAUAACACUUUCAUGAACACAGAAUUUUGGCCUUACAAAGGCCAGGAACAUAAGGCCUAGGAUCUUUUCUGGCCUGAGUCUUUUCUGGCCUCCUUUUUAAAAGGUGUGAAUAAUUACAUUAGGAAAUGAAGGGUGUGGGGAUGCUCAUUAGUUGUGUAUAUGAAAACUGAUUCAUUUUCUUUGUUUAGAGUUUAAUUUAAUCACAUUACUAUGCAUAAGUGGAAGAAAUUGCACAUAGAUUGUGCACGUUUGUGUUAAAUGGGUGUGCAAUGUCAUUAAAAUCCAAUACUUUCUGUGAAUACGGAUCUGUAUUUUUAAAUUCCAAAUCUUACAAGACAUCUUAAACUGUUAAAUGACUUUUCCUACUGUAACCUGCUUUUAAAAAGUAGUUUCCAUAUCCUUGCUUUGUAAGUUGAUCACUAUGCAUUUCUACACAUUUUAUAAAUUUGAUUUAUGCAGAUUUUGAUACACUGUAUGUUUCUGUAAAGAUUGUAUAAAUUUCAGAGGUUUUAUUAGGGAUAAAUCUGGGUAUCCUAUGUAUAUCUUAAUCCCGGGUUCCUUGUUUUUUAGGUGAGGAAAAUAAAUAUUUUAACUUGUGGGUUUAUUA